GAGGCCUUUUGCUUGCCCCUGCCAUCAUUUGCCAACGCCAACCCAACGCCAUGGCAUCCAGCACACACUCUUUCAGCAUGCUGGCUACACUCGUUUUUCUCUCUUUUACUUUCACUGCAGUUCGGGUGCAUGCUCAAGAUGAGGCUUCGGUGACGGUCUCUGUUGCACCCGCUGCCACUGUCGUUUCGGACGAUUCCCCAGCUGGCGUUCCGCUUUUCGAGCUUGAAACCGUGCAACUUACGGACCCCCUCAUCGCCGAACUUAAAAACGACGAUCAGGUCGCAGAAUACGCCCAUCUCUUCGCUUUCGAUAACAGUUCGUCGAUUACUACUGAGUCCGCUAAACGACACCGUCGAGCUCGUCGUGCCGCCCGCUGCAAAACCUACCCGGGAGAUGCUUUGUGGCCGUCAAAGAUUGUGUGGGAUAUCUUCGAUCUCUUGCUUGGGGGGGCACUGUCACCGAUUAUCCCGAUCGCCUCGCCCUGCUACCCAUCGUCGAAGUACAACAACUACGAUGCUGGGAAAUGUGCAGCAAUCACUGCGAAUUGGGGUGUGGAGAGCACGCAUUAUUCCGACCCAGGCUCCGUCUUCUUCCCUAUGUACGAGGGAAAGACAUGUCUCCAAGGAACUAACCCAGCCGCUCUGAGCACUUGCACGCAAGGUGGCUAUUCACUUUACUCAGUGAAGGUCACUAACGUUGCUCAAAUUCAGUUGGCUGUCAACUUCGCGCGCACGCUCAACCUGCGCUUGGUCGUCAAGAAUACAGGCCACGACUACAAUGGAAGGUCGACUGGAAAGGACGCCCUCAGCAUUUGGACUCAUAACCUCAAAGACAUACAGUAUGUCGCUAACUACAAGAGUGCUGACUACUCAGGGCCUGCGCUGAAGGUCGGGGCUGGUAUUCAAGGGUUUGAAUUAUACGAAGCGGCCGACAAGUAUGGCGUGUCUGCACUUGCUGGAAUCUGUCCUAGCGUCGGCGUUGUAGGCGGCUACGUCACGGGCGGCGGCCACUCUCCACUCAUGCAGCUCUACGGCAUGGGGGCCGACCAGGUCGUCGCUCUUGAAGUCGUCACCGCAGGAGGCUACUUCGUCACUGCCACCCCCUCUAUCAACUCCGAUCUCUACUGGGCUAUGCUUGGAGGUGGCGGUGGAACCUUCGGUAUCAUCACAUCCGCGGUCCUAAAAGUUUACCCCAAAGUCCCUGUCACCACCUCUGUCUUCAACUUUACUACCUCGGCCACCGUUUCGGCCGACACUUUCUGGCAGGGAGUGAAGGCUUUCUGGGAUGAAAUUCCUACGUAUAACGCCGCAAAAACAUACUCUUAUUACUUCGUCUCCAAUACCAACGGCACGUAUGCCUUUGAGAUGUUUCCAUUCUUCGCCACGAAGAAGACAGUUGCCGAAUUCCAGGCUUUGACGAAGCCCUUCUUCGAUAAACUCACUGCCUUGGGUAUCCCGUAUAAAAUUUCAACCCAGCACUUCGACACAUUCUACCCAGCAUACAAAGCCACCUUCGGAACCAUCAACUAUCGGGUUGGUGGCUAUACGUCUGUCCCCGGAAAUCGGCUCCUGCCAGCCGCAAACUGGGAGGAUCCUACUCUCUCCACCCAAACCCUCGCGGCUGUCAAACACGCAGUGGACAAUUCGCUUAGGAUUGGGAUGUAUCACCAAUCCCCCGCUAAGCAAACCAAAAUUGUUAACUCCGUCAACCCGGCCUUCCGCAACGAAGCCGUCAUGCUCAUUGCUAUCAACCCUGUUGCAGCCAAUGCCACCGCUGCACAACUCGCCGUUGGGAGCAACCAGCUCACAAAUGUUAUCCUAGGUCCGUUGAGGGAUCUGACGCCAACUGGCGGGGCAUAUGCUAAUGAAGCUGACGUCGCUGAGCCGGAUUGGCAGAAUUCAUUUUGGGGGAGCAAUUAUGCCAAGUUAGCCCAGAUUAAGAAGAAGUGGGAUCCCACGGAUUUGUUUUAUGUGCAUCAUGGGGUAGGUAGUGAAGCCUGGGUAGUGGAUGAUGGGGAUAGGGGUGUGCAGACGCAGGAUGGCAAACUUUGCCGAGCUUGAUUAACGUUAGUCUUGCUGCGCUUGCGAGUUAUAUAUUAUUGUAAUACCGAAGAAUUCUUAAGAUCUUUCCUGUAUAUUG